CGAAGAUACCUCGACGAAAACCACAAUGUCUUCUAUUCAAGCCUCAGUCUUGAAAGGACUUGUAACGUUACUUCUAUUGAGUAAGUUCACAAGAACGUAACCCCAACAAAAUCACUGACCGAGAAACUCUUAGGUUCUGCCAGCUGCCAAAGAAAUGUCUGCACUCUGACACCUGAGGAAAGCACUUUCAACAGUCAAAAUGAUAUCGCAACAAGAUUGGCGGGAUGUACGAUAGUAAACGGCAGUCUUUUCAUAUCUCCAAAAUUAGAAGGAACCUUGACUCUCCCUGGCGUCGAAGAAAUUCUUGGUAACUUGGAGAUUGCUACAUAUCGUUCGAGCAGUGAACAAGAGCAGAAUGGCCAAAUCACAUCAGGAUUGAGAGAAAUAAUCCUCGAUAACUUGGAGUCGGUCUACGAAAUGGACACAUCAAAUGCACCCAACCUGGAAAUAGUACGAAUGCAGUCAUUAUCUAGGGCAUCCAAACUUCGAUUUAACUCCACACGGCUCACCAAUGUUACCAUGCACGAAUUACGGCAUGUGGACUCCCUAGAUUUCAUAGGAAACUUCAAAGAGUGCGUGAUUCCUCCUACCUUCAAUGGCUUUAUAUGUGGUACCUUGCUGACACUUUCUGGAAAUGAAGAAUAGGGUUAGGGAAUUUGGAGACUGUUAAUGCCACCUUAACCAUCGACAGCCAAGCACAAGAACCCCCGUUAGGUAUAAGUAUUCCGAGUCUGCAUUCUGCAAAGAACGUUGUGAUCAGCGGGAACAUAUCAAGGUAAGAUCAAUGAUUGACUUGACUCUCCCGUUACUUGAUAAUGACGAGAAUGAAUGUUAGUGUGGACUUGGGAUUUCUCAAUGUAGUUCAAGAGAAAUUGGUCAUCAAAAGUACUGCUCCCAUUUCAAUUUGGCUUGCCGGUUUGAUCAAUGUCACCAAUAUCGUGAUUGAUGGCAACUUCACCGAGUAAGUAUUGAAAACCCCACAUGUGGUAUCUAUACUGACCAUAGAAUAGGAGCCUGAAUUUCCCAAAUCUACUAGCAAUCUUCGGGGAUUCAAGCUUUAGAAUGGAGAGUCCACCCAAAAACCCCGUGUCUCUGGACUUCGAUCAUUUGGCGACUUCAGGUGCCCUUGAUGUACAUGGUAACAUUGCAGAGUAUGUUCUCCUAACAUCCACAAGAAUUUGCUAAUGACUGAAUAUCUAGUGUCUUUCUCGGUGCGGGGCUACACCAAAUAAAUGGUGCAUUUAGUAUUCGAAGCAAUGCUACAAUGAGGAAUUGUAGCAAGAUCCAAACAAUUUGGGAUCAAGCUCAAAAGGGACCACAAGCUUCCUCAUUUACUUGCUACAGCGCUCCCGUACCUGGGUCAUCCAAACCACGAAAACUUGGGCUUGGAAUCGGAAUAGGACUUGGUGUUCCUUUCUUGCUCCUAUGUAUCUUAACUUGGUUUUGUGUCAAACGACGAGCGAGAGCCACGCCUGUGCUUGCACAGCCAACAAAACCACAGGAGUCUUGAACGAAAAUCCUACAGUAGCAAGUUGCAUUCGGAAUGUCACAAUCGCAUCGGAAAGGAGGGACAAAGUGUUCUUUUCUCAUUAGUUUGAUUCACCUUGAGAGAUACUAUUCUACAUCUAUCAGAUAUAGGCUACCGGUAGAAAAGAUUGGCAGAAAUACUUCCCUCUUAGCGUAACUUGAUUGAAACUAUUUUACUAUUCUGCUUAUCUAGAC